AUGCUGAGCUACCUCCACUAUAAGCUCACAGUUCAGAUCCCUCUGUUAAGGAACCUUGGUGCUUUAACACCAAAGAACAGCAUCCCCAUGGAGCAGCUCAGGGGGCACCUGGACAAUAGAAACUUGCAGCUGCAGAGCAUGGAAAAAGCAGUGAAGGAAAUGAGGAUGGAGUGUCACAGGCAAAUGGAGUGGCAGAUGGCUGCAAUUGAGGAAAAAAACCAACGAAAGCAUUGGGAGACUCUCCUCUUUGUGCAGCUGGAGAUGACAAAGGAAGCUCUGCAUCAAGACAUUGGUGCAUCUGGCAGCCAAGCAGAGGCUGCUGAGCAAACAGGCUCAGCUCUGGUGGCCUGUCUGCAGGACAAGGAGAGAGCCCUUGGAGCCACCAGCCAGGAAAUCAGGGAGCUACGUUGCCAGCCUGGCAGCAGGAUGCAGGAGCUCCAGCCUGGGAGGAGUGAAGCGGGCUGCUCCUUGCACGAGGUGCAGUCAGAGGGUGAGGUGCUGAAACUGUGCCUGUUGGAGAAGGAAAGGAUUGUUGAGAUCUUCCAAAAAUCAAUUGAUAGCCUGACCCAGAUCAUGGGCCAGCAUGGCCAAACUGCUGCUGUAAUGGAGGUGGAGAAAUCCCAGCUGAAAAAAGAACUAAAUGGCUGGAAACUCAAAGCAGAAGAACUUAAGAGUGCAAGGGAUGAGAAAGAAGCCAGAAUACUUGAAAUGGAAGCCAGGCUGAGCGAGCUGGAGCUGGAAAGGGUUCAGCAGGUUAACACAUGCACCAAGAGGCUCCAGGCACUGAAUGAUGCAAAACUGGAAGAAGGUGAGCUCCUGUAGGAACUCCAGGCUGGCCAGAGGGAGCUAGCUGGCCUUGCAGGUAGGGAGCCUCAGCAUUUGAAGAGGAAUUAUCAGGGUGAAAUCAAGGAAAUGGAAAAGAGUGCAAACAGACUGCAAAUGCAGUUGAAGUUGGCCCAAGCUGAACUGAAACAGGCCAGGACUGCUCUGAAGACUGUGGACGGAUUUGAUGGCAAUGCUCUAGCAGAUGCAGGAAGGAUGCAGAAGCAGAUCACAGCCAAGAGAGGACAGAUAGGCAUACAGAGCAAGAUGAAAAUCUUGGAAGAGGCAAUGGCAAAUGCAGCUGAGGAGAAGCAUUACCUCAGAGAAGAAAUUAGUCAACUAAGUCAAAAAUUGAGCUGUAUUAGAGCAGAAAAUAUCAGGAUUGCUGGGGACUUGGAGAUCCUGAGAUCACAAGACAAACGCCUGAAAGAAAAACUAUCCAAGAUGGAGAGAGCCCUUGAUAAGGCACCCCUGCAGUUUGCAGAGUGCCAGUGCAUCAUCCAGUGGCAGCAGCAGGAAGCAGUGCUCUGCAGGCUGCAGCACACCUUGCACGUGAGAAAGCCUUCCAAGCUGGACAUGCUGAAGGAAGAACCAUUGCAAGAUCUAAAGAGGUUUAUUCAAGAAUUAACAAUCUCAGACAGUGACAUUCCCUCCGUGGAUCUCAGCAGCCAUGGUGGGAGAAAAUCCCUUUUAACAACCAUGAAGAAUGCAGUAUUUUGCCCUCAUUUUGCUUUCCGGGCUCCUUCCUGCUCACAUCCUGCAGAUCAUCAGCCCCAGGAUGUUUCCCUGCUCCUUACGUCCCUUGCUUCUCAGUUCAUGGAAAGUAGUGAGCCCACACCAAAGAGGCUACAGAACAUGAUGCAAAGGCUGCAAAACCUGGUGGAAUCAUUAUUAGAGAUAAAAGAAAACAAAUCUCGUUGCACAACCGUGUCUCCAGUGAUCAGAGCUCAGGAGGUGAAGAGCAAGAAAUCCAAGGAAAGCUGUGCAAGUGAAGGCACUGCAUGCAUUAGUGAUCACUUUGAUGUAGUGUUUUAA